AUGCUGCCAUCAACCUUUCACCUAUCUACUGCCAUGCCUCGCCAUGCCGAAGCCGAGCACGGGGCGGCCCAUGCGGACGAACGACGCGGCGCUCCCGCUCCCGGAGGUGGCUCCUCCGUGCAGCGGCCUGAGCAGGGCAAAACAGAAACACCGAUAUUUUUGCUGUUGCUGGGACUGCGAAUCCUGAAUGCAUUGACAACUCAAACGUUCUUUCAGCCCGAUGAGUUCUUCCAGUCGCUCGAACCGGCGUGGCAGAUGGCGUUUGGCGAGCAGAGCGGCGCCUGGAUCACAUGGGAGUGGAAAAAUCAGUUGCGCUCGUCACUGCAUCCAGCGCUCUUCGCCGGCCUGUUCGCCGGGGUGUCCGCCAUCUCGGGUAUUUGCAGCGUGCCUCUGGCGCUAAGGGCUGAGCUGCUCAUCGCUGCACCUAAAAUCACGCAAGCCGCCCUCGCCGCGUCGACCGAUUACUUCACCUGGCGUCUGGCCGAACGAGCGUUCGGAGCCCAGAGCAGCGCCGCCUGGGCAAGCUCCCUGGCAAUGGUUCUGCUCCACGCGCACGCUGUCAAACUGCCUGGAGACGACGCUGACGGCCGCCGCACUGGUCUGGUGGCCAUGGCAGUGGCCGCUGACGUCCUGUUCAAGCUCAACAGCCGCCCCGGCUAG